CCUGGUUUCAUUUCUAUCGUCGGUAUAGGCCAGAGAACUUCGCUCGAUCACCGUCUUUAGUCUCUGCAGUUUUCUUUAAAUAUUUCAUUGGUACCCGUUACUUAACGACUGUGCAAUAAUGUCAGGCAACGUAUUUUGGGGUGUACUGCUGCUUGCUGUAUUCGCCAAUGCUGCUGACUACAAACAUGAUAAAUGUUUGGAGCCACUGGAGCGCGGACGAUGCCGUGCGCGCAUGCCCAGUUGGGGCUAUGACAGUGACUUGGGGCAGUGUGUGAAGUUCAUCUACGGAGGCUGCGGAGGAAAUGCUAACAACUUCGCCACUGCUGAGGAGUGCAUUGAUAAGUGCGAACAUCCACGCUCAUGUUAUGACGAAGAAGGGCAAAAAUGGUACGCUGAUCAAGAGACAAAAGAAGGCGGAUUUGGGUGCGGUGGUUGCACUUGCAACGAUGGUUUGUUUGAGUGCGGAAGUUGCAACCUGAUCCCGAUAGUCUGUAGUCGAGCCAUCUGUCACAACAAGUGUGACAAUGGAUACCAGAUUGACGAGGACGGAUGUCAGACAUGUGACUGCAAGUCUAACGCAGGUGGUUUCACUGACAAGUUGAAGUUCUACUGUCAAGAAGUUUGCAGUUUCUGUGUCUCCAAUGAUAACAUUAAAUGCCCGUCGGAAUGUGAUUGCUACAAAAAAUAAAAUGAAUAUGUACACCAAGAAUCGCAAAAUAUAAUCAUUUCGUUAAAUAGUAAUAUUUGGCAAGACCCUUUUAGGUCCUAAACAGGAUGGAAAGAGUAUUUAAAAACAACCGUUAAUAAUUCAAUACAAUGGCAGUCAUUGGGUAAAAACGUAAACUUUAAAUAGGACAAUAAAAUGUCUUUUGGGACACACAGUCUUUUGAAUAUACUUGAAGGACUAAUUCUCAUUUACAAAGAAAUCUAAAAUGACCGUUGCUAAGAACUGCAUUCAAGCAUAAGUGGAACAAGCUCGAGUAGAAUCCAUCGGAUGUAGGUAAAUCUUUGCGUCGUUAUCUUUUUUGGUCUCACACAAGUACGCGAUGUGAAAAGAAACGCGAUCGAACAAGGAUACCUAGGAACAAAUAUCCGGAUGUGAAAGGUCGUAAGUAAUAUUUUAUUUUUACCCAUUUCCAACUGGUUUCUGGUCAUUUUUUUUCUCUUGGAAUACCAAGAUAAAAUUCCAACAUGAAUGUUUCUUAGGGGUUAUUGGCAUCUCAUUUUAUUAAAACUAAAAAAAUAGCAUGACGUAAAAAGAGAAAUAUUGUGUUACAUAUGUACCUCUCACCAUGGGCGUCGUCAGGAUUUUUUCCAGGGGUGAGGGGAAAGCAAAUUUCCCCAAAAAUUCCUUAACUUUUUCAUAAUAUUCUCAAUUUAUC